AGAUUAUUCAAAUGGACAAAUUAUGGAAAGAUGUAGGUAGAGACACAGAGGCAGGGAAACUCCUGUUCAACCUUUACCCACCAAGCAGCAAAGUGAGCUACCCCACAGUGAAGAAGAAGUCGAAGCAGACCCUAGCUAAAGAGGAGGAAGAGAAGAAGAGAGGUGGCAAAAAGAAAAUGGCAUGCCCACAGAAGGCAGAGGUGGAAUACCCUAAACUUCCAGCCCCCAAGAGAAGAAAGUGGCAUAUGAUAGAUUUCGUCCCUCGUAAAAAGAAUGAAAAGGUUAUCAAAACAGAGCUUGAUAAAGGCAAAGGAGUGGUCAAGCCAAGACCUGGUGUUGACAGGAAGAGAAUGAUCGAUGACCUCCAGGAUAAGUUUCAAUUCCAAGGCAUGAAAGGUGCUGUUGUUGGAGUGGACCCAAAAAUUCGUAAGAAACAGCAACUUGAAGAAAUGAUGAGGCAAGCACCAGUUACUAAGAGUACCAGAUCUGGCUUUAUUGUUCCAGACUAUGCUGCUGAGUACUACGCUGAGCGUUAUGGUAAGACUCUUGACCCCUCAAGUCUGAAGAGACAAGCACCUUCUGAAGCUGGAUACUCCACAGUUGAUGAACAAUACCAAGAACUUGAAGAUCUCUUCUCAGAUGUCGUCAAAGAGAUAGAGGAGAGGCAGGACUAUCUUAAGGAGAUCACUAAGCUAGGUGGCAGCAAGGACAUUGAAGAGCGAACCAAGAGAGAGAUAGUUGAGCGUAUAGCCGAACUCCAGAAGAUCAGAACUAUGCAGAAAAAGUUAUAA